GUAAACAACCAACAAAUGGAAAGAGAAGAAUAUAUUCAUUUCACUCGUGUACUCCAUCACAUCAGUGCAAAAGUCAAUUCUACAGGAAACUUCCGACCAAUUACCAUCUCUUUUCAAAGACAUUUUUCUCGGCAAGCAACAGUAAUCGAUGCCUUAAAAACUCCAAGGCAAGACAGACUCUCCAGUGUACUUCACUCGCUUCAACCUACGCACUUUGCCCAAAUGGCCGGAGCUCUGUUGGGAGGAGCUGCUCUGGGUGUAGUCUUUGACAAACUCUUCAAAGUAGUUGUUGAUGUUGGCAUUAACAUCGCCACUUUCCGUUCCAAAUUCCUCAGCUUGGAGCAAACAUUACUUCACAUCGAACCGGUAUUCGCCGACAUUGAGAAGCUAAACAAGGCCUUAGACGGCCGUGAAGAAGAAACAGAAAUGUUCAAGAAGAAGCUGAUGGAAGGUGAAGAGCUAGUUCUCAAGUGCUCCAAGAUUAAACGCUACGACGCGUUUAAGAGAUGCAAUUACUCCAGGAAACUGACCAAGUUGGAAAAUUCACUUGUGAAAUUCUGUCAGAUACACGGGUUGAUUCAGGUGUGUAGGGAUAGUAAAUUGAUUCUGGUUAAGGUUAAUGAUAAUGGUAAGAAAUUGGAUGAGCUUCGAUCGAUGGUGAAAGGUCUUUCGUUGUCGAGGAGUAGUAUUGGAUUUACGAAUUCGAUUGGGUCUUCAGGAUGGAUGAAUGGUUCUAGUUUUGGUAGCUCAAAUGGAUUUUCAGGAUGGUCUGAUGUGCCUCCAGUUCCUGAUUCUGUGGUUGGGUUUCAAGUGCCACUUCAAGAAUUGAAAUUGAAGUUGCUUCAACAGAAAGAUCAGGUGUUGGUUCUUUCUGCUCCUCCUGGCUGUGGAAAGACUACUUUGGCAGCGAUGGUUUGUCAAGAAGAGGAUAUCAAAGCCAAAUACAAGGACAUCUUUUUUGUCACUGUUACCAAAACACUGAACAUCAAACGCAUUGUUGGGGAAAUUUUUGAGAAGAAAGCCUGCAAGGUCCCAGAGUUUUCUACUGAGCAUGAUGCAAUCCGCCAACUCAAUAACCUCCUGAGAAGUACAUCUCAGCCUGUAUUACUGGUGUUGGAUGAUGUUUGGUCUGAAUCAGAUUUCAUCAUUGAGAAUCUUAUAUUUCAGUUACCUGAAUUUAAAAUUUUGGUCACUUCAAGAUUUGUGUUUCCAAGAUUUGAUACAUAUAAAUUAAAGCUUUUGAGUGAGAAGGAUGCAAAGGCUCUCUUCUGCACUUCAGCUUUUAAAGAUAGCAGCCCUAAUGUGCGACUUGAUCUUGUUGAUAAGGUGGUGAGAAGUUGUGGUGGUUUUCCACUGGCUCUUAAAGUUGUAGGCCGUUCAUUGUGUGGCCAGCCUGAGGGGAUCUGGUUUGACAGAGUAAUGAAACAGUCUAAAAGACGAAUUCUCUUCCCUACUGAGAAUGAUUUGCUUCGUACUUUGCAAUCCAGCAUUGAUGCCUUGGAUGAAAAAGUUCUUUACAGCAGAGAAACAUCUACAUUGAGAGACUGUUACCUGGAUUUAGGAUCAUUUCCUGAAGAUCAAAGAAUUCAUCCUGCUGCUCUUUUGGAUAUGUGGGUGGAACGAUACAAUCUAGAUGAAGAUGGCAUGAAGGCAAUGACCAUCUUCCUUGAACUUUCUUCACAAAACCUCGUUAAUGUCGCCUUUGCAAGACAGGAUGCACCAGCAGUUCUUGGCUUACAUAACUUGCAUUACGUACAGCAGCAUGAUAUGCUGAGAGAACUGGUAAUCCACCAGUGUGAUGAAAAGCCGAAGCCGAUGGAAGAGAGAAUGAGAAUGUAUAUCAACAUCAAGGAGAAUUUCUUUCCUGGUUGGUGGUUUGAGCAAAGACUUCAACCACUUCAAGCGGAGGUUUUGUCUAUAAUCACAGAUGAAAAAUUCUCCUUCGACUGGUCUGAAUGUGACAUGCAAUUUCCUAAAGUUGAAGUACUUGUGUUGAACUUUGAAACAAGGACCUACAACGUACCCCCUUUUGUAGAACAAAUGAGCCAACUGAAGACACUGGUUGUGACAAAUAAUAGCUUCUUCCCAGCCACAUUGAAUAACGUUCAGCUUUGUUCUCUGCUCAAUCUUAAGAGAAUCAACCUGGAACGCAUCUCAGUUACAUCCAUUUUCACAGCCAAUCUUCAACUACCAAAUUUGCGCAAAAUCUCCCUGAUCAUGUGUGAAAUCGGGGAUGCAUUUGAAAACUCUGCUGCAAAGAUCCCUCACAUGUGGCCAAAACUCGUAGAGAUGAAUAUCGAGCACUGCAACGAUCUAGUAGAAGUACCAGCUGAGAUAUGUGAUCUUGUUCAUCUUAAAAUGCUCAGCAUCUGUUAUUGUCACGAACUGGUUGCCCUUCCCGAAGAGCUUGGGAAGUUGACAAAUUUGAAAGUAUUAAGGCUUCAUUCUUGCACAAAAUUGGUUGAGUUGCCAGAGUCGAUAGUAAAACUUAAUAAAUUGGAAUUUCUUGACGUAUAUGAUUGCGUGGAGCUGGAUAACUUGCCAAUGGAAAUGGAUCAACUCUGUUCCUUACAGACCGUCUGCAUGGGAAGCCGCCUGGGGUUUUCUGAGCUGCCCAAUUCUGUACUAAAAUUAGUAAAGUUGGAAGACGUUGUAUGUGAUGAAGAAACAGCCUCUUUAUGGGAAUCUUUUAAGAAAUAUCUGAGGAAUCUGAGAAUCACUGUGAUAAAGGAAGAUAUCAAUCUGAAUUUGCUGCAUAAGUCAUUGUUUAUCUGAUUUUAAGUAAGAUGAAGAUGCUGUUGGAGCACUUACCUUGGUGGAACUUGAAUAUUGAUGGAUAGUGCGAAGCAAACUCUGGAAUAACUUGGUCAACCACAACAAUCGAGGGAAGUUUCUUGUGGCGACUUGGUCACUAUGGCAUUAAGUGGUGACGGACCAAAGUAAUGUCCUUUCCCUCCGCUGAUCAAGAACUCAGUAAAUCCAGGUGGUGAGCCCCUGGACAUGUCAAGGAUGUACAUCAGUUGUGGAAGCAGGCACCAAAUUCCGUGAAUUGGUUGAGAAAAGCCUAUGGUUUCUGUUUAGCGUGAGUACUGAGAGAGAGUGGUUCGUCUUUGUGGGAACUGUAGCUUCUUUGGGGUUGCUUUCGGUUGUGGCCAGCCAUCUUGAUUUACUUACGCUUCUCUACCUUGGUAAUUAAUUAUAUCUGUAGUGCUAACUUACCUAUGUCUAGUUGUGCUUUUUAAGUACAUGGCGAUGCAGGGAUUAUCAAAGACUUGGGGGCAGCGAGUAAGGGUCCGAUCCCACACGUAUUAUAGCGCCGUGGCAGAGAAAUGUGGCACAUAUUACAGUGCCAUAGCGGAGAGGGUGAAGAAAAUGAAGACCAAGCUGCAGAACAAGAACAGAUUGUUGAAUGUACUAAAACACUUGUAAUAAUAGUAAAUAUAUAUAUUUAUUUGCAAGUUCGUCUA